GCUUCGAGUUUCGAAGGUGCUUCACGAACACGGUGAGGAAGCCCUGUUAUUAAUUGGGAGUCCUGUCCUAGUCAAGAGAAGAAAACCCAGAAAAAGAGAAUACCAAAUUUCUGAGAUUUGUUAACGGUAAAAAAAAUCCAAUUCCAAUAAUUUUUUUUUUCUGUAAUUUAAAUUCCAGAGUUUUAGUGAGAGCAACGAUUAUGUUGCUUUCUAAAGUUUCGAAAGGUGGACUUUGGAAUUGGAUGCUUCUUCGACAGCUCUCAACGCCCAUAACUAGAGCUGGAUAUAUACAACGGCCUUACAGUUACAGUUACAGUUACACCCACUAUUUGCAACCGCUGAUUGACUCACAGACAGAAACUAAGGUGGUCCAGGGUUCCAUAUUUCAGAAGCAUCAACAAUUUUCUACCACUACUACUAGCAAUGCAUCUAAGGAAGGAGGUGAAAAGAAAGAAUCGAUAUCUGUCACAUUUGUUGACAAGGAUGGAGAGGAAAAGCACCUUAAGGUCCCCAUAGGAAUGUCUAUGUUGGAAGCUGCUCAUGAAAAUGAUAUAGAACUUGAAGGAGCAUGCGAAGGCUCACUUGCCUGUUCGACGUGUCAUGUGAUUGUGAAGGACAUGGAAUAUUACAAUAAGUUAGAAGAACCUACUGAUGAGGAAAACGACAUGUUGGAUCUAGCCUUCGGGCUUACAGAAACAUCUCGUUUGGGUUGUCAAGUGAUUGCAAAAUCUGAACUUGAUGGAAUUCGUUUAGCUAUACCUGCUGCCACACGAAACUUUGCCGUUGAUGGGUAUGUUCCAAAACCACACUAGAGACAUACAAGGGCACCAGAGAGUGCUUACUGAUAGUAUAGGGUGUAAUCACCCCAAUUUUGUAGUGCCUCUAUUGUAUUUGAUCAAUGAGAAUUGAUCGAUCUCUGUUCAUUGUUUUUCUGUUGUUUAUUGUUUUAUAAAGGUGCUGAAUUAACACAACAUUUUAUAGAUGACAUGCUCAUUGUGGUGCCAAUUUAACUUGGAUGACAACAAUUUAUAGGUAAAUGAUGUUAGAGAUGAGCUGAUUUUUGUGAUGGCUGAGCGAUUAAUUUAAGUUUUA